UACGGUUCUGUUUCCGGUAAAUGGUGGAAGUGAUGGUGUGAAAGCUGUUUGAGGAUGGCUUUGUAAUUCUGUUUCAUCUGGUGGAAUCCGUACAUUAUUCGAAAGUGAAGGAUGAAGCAGAUUGUAACGAACCAGACUGUGAAAAUCCCCAGAGAGGUCACUGUGUCUGUCAAGUCUCGGCUAGUGACUGUGAAGGGGCCACGUGGAGUAUUGAAAAGGAAUUUUAAGCAUCUUGCGUUAGACAUCCAUUUGGUUCAUCCAAAGCGGCUGAAGGUUGAAAAAUGGUUUGGAACCAAGAAAGAGCUGGCAGCUGUGCGCACCGUUUGCUCUCAUAUUGAGAACAUGAUUAAAGGAGUAACUAAGGGUUUCCUUUAUAAGAUGCGUGCUGUAUAUGCCCACUUCCCUAUCAACUGUGUAACAACAGAAAACAACACUGUCAUUGAAGUGCGUAAUUUCUUGGGGGAGAAGUACAUACGCAGAGUGAAGAUGGCGCCUGGUGUGACUGUUACCAACUCUCCUAAGCAGAAGGAUGAGCUUAUCCUUGAAGGCAACAACAUUGAGGAUGUUUCAAGAUCAGCUGCCCUCAUCCAGCAGUCAACGACAGUUAAAAACAAGGACAUCCGAAAAUUCCUUGAUGGUCUUUAUGUCUCUGAGAAAACUACUGUUGUACAGGAUGAAUAAAGUGGUUUGCUAAGAAUUAAUUUGAA